AUGGCUGCUGCUGCGCUGGCGAAUGCCACAGAUCCUGUUACAGUGGUGAUAAAAGAAUGCAUCAAUUUAUCAACUGCAAUGAGGAAAUACUCUAAUUUUACCUCUCAAUCAAGUGUUUCUGCUUUGUUGAGUGGUAGUAGUGAGAUGUUCAAUGAGUCGAGGAAUGAGCCUCUUCAAAGCUCGUUAUUAGAUAAGCAUAAGCCAAGAGAUAUGAAAAAUGACCCUUUACUAUCUGGUUUUAUACAAUUAAGGUUUAUGUUGAAUAAGUUGACUACAUUGGAUGAUAUAGAUUCUUUGACGCUUAUUCAACCAUUUUUAUUAGUGAUUACAACAGGUUCGAUUUCUGCUUAUAUUACUUCACUAGCAUUAGAAUCAUUACAAAAAUUUGUUAAUCUAAAUAUAAUUAAUAAGAGCUUAAAGAACUAUGUGUUAACUUUUAGAGAAAUAGUCUAUGCAUUGACUCAUUGUAAGUUUGACGGUUCAGAUGAGCAGAAAAAAACAGAUGAGACUAUACUUUUAAGGAUUGUUAAUUUGUUAAACACGAUUGUUAAUUCUGAACAUUGCAAUAUUUUGUCAGAUUCUGCAUUUUAUGAUAUAAUUCAAACAAACUUAUCACUAGCUUGUAAUAAGAGAAGAUCUGAAUUGUUGAGGAAAUCGUCUGAAUCCACUAUGACUUUUGUAACUAUAAAAAUAUUUAAAAGAAUGAAUCAAAUCGAUUCAAGUCCUUCAAAGCAAAUUUAUAUAAGCGAUGAAUCAUAUUCGAAAGAUGUAUUAAAUGCAGAUACAUUGGGCACUUCAGAAAGCACAUCCACAUUGGAUACCACUCAUCAAGAUCAGGAUGAAGCUGAAACUACUCAAGAAAAUCUCGAAAAAAACAAAACUGUAAUAAACGAAACUGAAAUAAAGGAAAUUGAAGAAAGUAAAACUACAGUUGAGGAAACUCCAGUGAAAGAAACUCCAGUGAAAGAAACUCUAAUAAAAGUAGCUCCGGUGAAAGAAACUCCAGUGAAAGAAACUCCAGUGAAAGAAACUCCAGUGAAAGAAACUCCAGUGAAAGAAACUCCAGUGAAAGAAACAAAAACUAAGGUUAAUAUCAUUGAAAAAGAAAUCGAACCUUCAAAAAAUUAUACAUUAGAAGAAAACUAUGGUUUACCUGUAAUUAAGCAAUAUUUAAAUUUACUAUUUUCAUUGAUUGCACCAGAAAAUCAAACAAGACACACAAACUCAACCAAGAUUUUGGCAUUACAAUUAUUGAAUACCGCAGUGGAAAUUGGAGGUGAAAAAUUCUUAUUACAUCCAAGAUUAUUUAAUAUCAUUUCUGAUCCAAUUUUUAAAAGUCUCUUCUUUAUCAUUCAAAAUACAAAUAAGUUAUCUUUAUUACAAGCUGCGUUACAGUUUUUUACUACUUUGGUUAUUGGGUUGGGUCAUCACCUAGAGAUGCAAAUUGAGUUAACAUUAAAUAGCAUAUUCCAAAUUCUAUUGCAAGGUAAUGUCGAUCCAUUUGGAACUGGAGACAAAACAUCUAAUGACUCUUCUAUUCCUUCAGCAUCUGAUGAUAAAGAGAAGCAAAGACCAGCAAAAGUUAAGGAAUUGUUAAUUGAACAAAUUUCAAUACUAUGGACAAGAUCUCCUUCUUUUUUUACAUCAUUAUUUAUUGCAUAUGAUUGUAAUCUUGAUAGAUCCGAUGUGGCAAUUAACUUCUUGAAGGCUUUGACAAAGCUAUCAUUGCCUGAGUCAGCAUUGUCUUCAACAGAAACAGUCCCACCAAUUUGUUUAGAAGGACUGAUCUCAUUUGUUGACGAUAUGUAUGCAGAGUUAAAAGAUGUGGAUAGACAACAUUUUGUAACAGAAAAGGAUAGUAUUGAAUUACUAAAACAGAGAGAUCGUAAAACUGCAUUUAUUAAAUGUGCAGAAGCAUUUAAUGAAAAACCAAAGAAUGGUAUCCCACUUUUGAUAGAAAAGGGAUUUAUUAAAUCUGAUUCAAAUUCAGAAAUUGCCAAAUUCUUAUUCGAAAAUAAUAGUCGUUUAAAUAAAAAAACAAUAGGUUUAUUGUUAUGCCAUCCCGAUAAAACAGAUUUAUUACAAGAUUUUAUUAAUAUGUUCGAUUUUAAAGAUCUAAGGGUAGAUGAAGCAAUUCGUGUGCUUUUAACCAAAUUUAGGUUACCUGGUGAAUCACAACAAAUUGAAAGAAUUGUGGAAAGUUUUUCUUCAGGAUAUGUUAAAGAUCAAGAUUAUGAAUCCCAUCCUGUAACUGAAUCCAUUGAAAAUGAUAAUUCAACAGUUCAGCCUGAUUCUGAUUCCGUUUUUGUUUUAAGUUAUUCCAUUAUUAUGUUGAAUACUGAUCUGCAUAAUCCUCAAGUAAAAGAACAUAUGUCCUUCGAAGAUUACUCCAGUAAUUUGCGGGGUUGUUAUAAUUCGAAUGAUUUCCCACAUUGGUAUUUGGAUAAAAUAUAUUGUUCAAUCCGUGAUAAGGAAAUUGUUAUGCCAGAAGAACACCAUGGAAAUGAAAAAUGGUUUGAUGAUGUCUGGAAUAAUUUGAUUUCCUCGACUACGGUUAUGACAGCAAUUGCUGAUGACGGAUGUAUUAUAAUAAAUAAAUUGAGUAGUUCGGAAGUGGCUCAUUUUAAUAGAGCUAUUUUUAGAAAUGUUGGGCCAGCUAUAUUGAGUACAUUGUUUAAGAUCUUCGUUGCUGCUUCCGAUGAACAUAUUACAGUUAGAAUGUUAUCGAGUGUUGAAAAAUGUGCCUCUAUUUCAGCUUAUUUCAACUUCAAAAGUUUGUUUAAUGAUGUUCUACGUAAUAUUUCAAAAAUUACAACACUACUGGUUGGUGAUGAUGCAAAUAGUAAUGAUGAUGUGGAAGAAAUUCCAGUGGUUGAAGUAACUGUGGAAAAUUAUGACCAUAAAAUACCUGUUAGUACCAGAGCAGUUAGACUUGGUCGCUCUUUGAAAGGUCAACUAUCAACUCUUGCAUUUUUUAAGAUAAUCCAAAGGAAUAAUAGCACUAAUAUUAUUAAUCCAGGUAUGUGGACAGAUAUUGUCAAAAUGAUUGUAGACUUAUAUCAAAAUAUGUUAUAUGGUCCUGAUGUCUUCCCAGACUUCCAAAAGAGGGUUAAUUUAGAUAAGCUUCCUCCUGUAUCUCCAGCGGUAUCUCUAAAUAGAGUGAACGAAAAUAGAGGUUUAUUCUCAACAUUUGCUUCAUACUUAAAAGGUGAUGAGGAACCAACUAUUGAUGAAAUAGAAGCUGCAGUUAAAGCUUGGGAUUGUAUUAAAAACAGUGAUAUUACAUUAUCCUUAUUUGGGAAUGAGGCAAGUAUAACUCCAGAUUUGAUCAAGUUAUUCAUUGAAGCUAUUCCUGAAGAGAAAACCAGUAACAACGAAAGAUAUUUCGAAGCACAAAUACUAUUUUUGGUCGAAAUCUCAGUUACUCUAUUCUUCUAUUGUAAGAAUGAAAAUGAAUUCGGAGAUUUCUUAUUUCAAACCAUAGUUAAAAAAUCUCAAACUCCGAAUUUGAAAGAUGUUGUUAUUCGUAGAUUAACAAAUUAUUCAUUUAUUCUACUAUCUGUCUUAGAUAACAAAGAAGAAAUUUUAAUUGACCUCUUAGAAAAUCAAAUAACAGCAAAGAAAGAAGUAUUUUCCAAUGAGUAUUUCAAUUCAAUGGAUGGUGUUGGUUUAAUUUCAAGACUUUUGGCUCUUGCGGAUAUUGCUAACUAUAGAAAAUGUCUGUUUGAAAAAGAAUCAUUCUGGAAAUUAAUCAGAUCAGUUUCCCCAAUUUACAAUCAAGGAAUUAUAAUUUAUGAAUUUUUGAAUAAAUUAUUGCUUGAAUCACACGCCGAAAUACAAUCGGAGAUUUUUGUUCAUAUACUUGGUAUAUUGGAUGAAAUUUCUUCAAUUGGAUCAAUUGGAAACGCAUGGGAAAUUGAAUACGAAGGAUUAGUUAAAAGUGGACAUAAAGUUGCUAAUGAAAAUCCUCACGAGGUUCAAAUUGAAUUAUCUAUUAAUGCAAUCAAUUUAAUUGGUAAAUUAAUGGAUACUAAUGAAAUUUUUUCUAAAGUGAACUUAGAAGGAAAAUGUAUCUUAGUUCAAGUAUUAGUUCAUCAAUGUCAAAAUCCAUGCAAACAAUUGCAAGAAAAUUCAUUGAAAGUAUUGGAAAACUCGCUGACAAGUAAUUUAAACGAUGAUAAAUUAAGUAUCGAGUUAGUUGAAACGUUGAUUGAUAAUGGGUUUUCGCCAGUAUUAAAUCUAAAUUCAACCAACGUUGAACAAAUAUUAAAUGUAGUAUCUAAAAUCUACGCAUAUUAUUUGAAAGAAGGCAAAGCUACAAAUGAUACCUUUUUAAAAAUCCUAAAUAUAUUUAACAAAUUUGUUGAAAACCCAGAAGUUGAGAGACGAUUGCAACAAUUAAUCAUGGACAAAAAAGAGGUAGAAAAGGAAUCAAGAAAUUCCCCAAGUUGA